GCGGGGUUAGGCUCCGUCUCUGGUUUCUGCCUCUCUAUCAGCGCAGUAACUUUGUGCUUGUUGAACGCUGUCAGGAGAACGGAAUGUGUAGUAGUAGGUUAAGCUCCUUAGACACAAACGGGUAGACUUUGCGUGCGUGCUAUUUUCUCUUAUUUGUCCAACUGACGACUGGGAUACACUAAUAUAGACUUGAAUUAGGGAGAAGAUCCCUCUUUUCGCCAGUUUGGCUACUAUCGUCUCUUUUCUAAAAGCGACACGGUGACAGCAAAGUGCAAUGGGCCAUCGCGAAUAAAAGAACUUGCGAGGACGGCAGCGGUGACAGCGACUUUUGAGCAAGAACUGAGAGGUGAUUUCUGCUGGUUUUACGGGAGAUCAGACACGGCUCUCGGGUCUUUCCCCCACCCCCCUUUCUUCCCGUGGACUGCAAUUUUGACAGCUGGCUAUUGAUUGCGCGACGGGGAUGCGUUUGUUGCGUGACGCCAGAUCACUUUCUUCUCGGCAGCACCGAAGCUGUCGCUUACAGUAGCCUAGUAGGCUUUUACAUCACUGCGACGUGAUUGCAGCACAAUUGAUCUCGGUGCACAGCCGUGGAAUCCAGGCGGUCGAGAGUGAAUGGAGAGAGUGUUUAAUCAACGUUUUGGAUUGACUGAAGGCUACUAACGUUGAGGAGCGCAAUACUGCAGUGUUGGACAGGGGAAGACCCGCAUAUUGAUGGAAUGCGCCUGUAACAGUCCGACUCCAGCUCUUUCCUGACUCAAUCACAAAUCAGACAAGGCAGUGAGUGGGACACACACACAAACACACACACACAGGUCAAGGCGAUGGCGGACCCGACAGCCCCGGACUCGAUUCCGACGCUUGAUGUCGUUAUCGACCCGGAUUUCGAGCCCCAGAAGCGGCCAAGAUCAUGUACCUGGCCCCUGCCGGAGUCCAACGCGGCCAAACCAGAGGUGACGGACACAGACAUUAUUCCGGAGGAAGAGGAUGAUGAAGAGGACAGCGCAAUGACCAUCAACAAUGACUCCAGCAUGCUCGAGGAGGAGCAGGGCAGCCCAGGUCUGGUAGCCGACGGAUUGCACUCAGCAGCCGCUCAGGAAAGCGGAGGCUCUCCGCUCCCAUCACUCUCACCAGGUGGCGCGGGCAGUGGCAAAUCCACUGGGGUCGUGAGCGCCCCGGGCAGCCAGCAACAGACGCCCCGAAAGUCCUCUUCUCGCCGAAACGCGUGGGGCAAUUUGUCCUACGCGGACCUCAUCACUAAAGCCAUAGAGAGCGCCCCCGACAAGAGACUCACCCUAUCCCAAAUCUACGACUGGAUGGUGCGAAGUGUCCCAUACUUCAAAGACAAGGGAGACAGCAACAGCUCUGCUGGGUGGAAGAACUCCAUCAGGCACAACCUGUCGCUGCACAGCCGUUUCAUCCGCGUGCAGAACGAGGGCACAGGCAAGAGCUCGUGGUGGAUGCUGAACCCCGAGGGGGGGCGCGGCGGCAAGGCCCCCCGCCGACGCGCCGUCUCCAUGGACAACGGCAGCAAGUACACCAAGAGCGCGCGCGGCCGGGCCGCCAAGAAGAAGGCCGCCCUGCAGGCGGCGGCGGCGGCGGCCGGGGAGGGGCCAGCCGGAGAGGCCAGCGGCCAGUCCAAGUGGCCCGGGAGCCCCAUGUCGCGCAGCAGCGACGAGCUGGAUUCCUGCUGGACCGACUUCCGCUCGCGGACCAACUCCAACGCCAGCACGCUCAGCGGGCGUCUGUCGCCCAUCCUGGCCAACCCGGAGCUGGACGAGGUGCCGGACGAUGAGCUGGGUCCGCCACUCUCGCCCAUGCUCUACUCCAGCCCCAGCAGCCUCUCCCCACCGUCGUCCUCCUCGUCCUCGUCCAAGCCCGGUGGCGGUGAGCUGCCUCGGCUGGCCGACCUGGCCGGCACCAUGAACCUCAACGACGGCCUCACCGACCACCUCCUGGACGACAUCAUGGACAACAUCGCCAUAGUGACUGCGUCGGUGGUGUCGCCACAGGUGGGGGGGCUGAAGACGACAGUGGGGUUUGGAUUGUCCAGCACCAAGGGCUCGCCUUCCGGAACCUCCCCCGGCGGCAGCCCGGCGCCCUCCCCGGCCAACUCCCUGUUCGGGCCUCCGAGCGUCUCCCUGCGCCAGUCGCCCAUGCAGACCAUCCAGGAAAACAAGGCCACGUCCUUCACCUCGUCCACCUCGGCGUCCACCUCGCUGCGCUUCGCCAACGCCACGCUGCAGGAGCUGCUCAACGCCGACCCCCUCGGGCCGCAAAGCCGCGGCGACGUCAUGAUGACGCAGUCGGACCCGCUCAUCUCGCAGGCCAGCUCCACGCUCACCUCCCGCGCCGGCCGCGGCUCGCUCAACGGCCUGCUGCUGCGCAACGACCCCAUGAUGUCAUCAUUCAGCGCCGGGCUCAACGGCAGCAGUGGCACUAACCAGCUCCAGAACGGCCAUCUUCAGCACCACCAACAGAACCUCCAGCACCAACAAGUACAGCAGCACAACCACCACAACCACCACCAGGGCAACAACACCAAGGGCUCGCUCAGAUCCAUGUCCAGCAACGGGCCCCUGAGCCUGGCCAAUGGCGCCAACAACCUGGUCUCUGCCAAGCAGCAGCUGGCUCAGCUGAGCGAGGCCACCACGGCGUCCCUCUUCAACGGGCUCAAUGGCGGCACCAUCAGCCUGGGGAUGGGCUCCUGCCUGCCCUCGUCCCUGGCGUCCGACGCCUUCCCCUCGGAUCUGGACCUGGACAUCUUCAGCGGGAGCCUAGAGUGCGACGUGGACUCCAUCAUCCACAGUGACCUGAUGGAUGCCGACGGACUGGACUUUGACGCGCUGGUCAACUUCGACGCGCUACUGAGCACGCAGAAUGCAGUCAACCUGAACCCCAUGGUGGGCAACCUCAACGGCAGCAAGGCCGGCAGCCAGAGCUGGGUGCCCGGCUGAAGGGACACGGGCAGGACUAGCAGGGAGGUGGGCACAUGAGCAGAUCCAGACUCAGGCCUUUGGUGCAGCAGAAAACAAACAAAGAAGACAAUAACCAAUCCAUCCAAGUCAGACUCACACCAUCCCUUGCCAAACCUUUACAAAGCACCAAAGUCUGUUUACAGCACAUACAAACCUUCAUAGACCUGUCCCCUACCGUGCACAAAAAAACACACACACACACACACACACACACACACCACAUUUGUUUGCUCUCAGAUUCCUUCUGAACUCAUUGACGACAAAGGAGGACACAAGAGCGACAAGCUCCUUUGGAAAUGAUGCAUCCCUUUCUGGAGAAAGGCCAAGGACAUUAGCCAUUGAAAGACUCUUGAGAGACUUGUGUUUGGGGGAUCUUAAUGAGCAGGAGCUUGAAGCAUUGUUUGAAGGACUUAACAAAAAGUAGCUGUAGCCCUACCUGUAAAAAGAGUUCAAGAAAAACUAACAUUGAGUAGUUAUGUGAUGUUUACCGUGCUAUGUGGUUUCCUGAAGGUUUUUUUUUUCUUCCCUCGCGAUUGUGUUUGUUUUCAAAGAUGGUCUCUGUGAUUUAAGUGUUUGUUUGACCACUAUCACCCUGCUUCCUUUCGUUUGGGUUUGGACAAGACACGGAGGAAACUGAAGUGAUGUGUAAACACCAAGUCACACACACACACACACAUACACACAAUAGCUGAUUAUCAAGACCAGCACACUCAGGAGAACUCUAUUGUCAUAAUUGGUGCACUUCUGAUUGUGUUGUUUUGUUUUCUCUUUUAUAUAUAUAUAUAUAUUGAUUAGUUCAAAACUCAACCGAACUAAUGACAAACUAUUGUUCUGAUCAAGUUAACACAUUAUCUUAGGUUAAUACUAUAGGAGAACUUCUUAUUGUUUAUGCAUACUGUAUGUAACUGUAAAAAGAGUGUGAUCUGUCCAGAUUUUCCUUGGAAUGCUCAUUAAGAUGCUAAGCUAGCUAGCAAGCUAACUAGCAGGCACGUAUAAGGGGUAAUAUGAGUGUAAAAUGUAGCCAAACGUUAAAAACGAGAAGAUUGAAAAUGUGUACGUCCUAGCAUUGUGAACAUUACCAGGCCAUACCAGGUGCUAAUCCUUCAGUGUUGAUGAGCCCUGUCCUCUGCAUGCGGACAUAGCAUUAUUGCUAGCGAUAGCGCUUCGAGUCAGCUGUCAGCAUGCAGAGACGCUCCCAGGCAGCAAGAACAGACUUCCUCCCGGAAGCCAUUUUUACUGAGCAGAAACAAUAAGCUAUCUUUUGUACAUUUUGCCAAAACUACUUGAACAUGGAGGACGCUGGCAGCCAAAAACAAAAGAGGAAGCUAAAAACAAACCACCUGAUACAGAAUAACUCAUACACACACAAACACUUACACCCAAAACAUAUAUGUAACAGGAGUAUUUGCUUUCACUCUCUCUGUGGUGUGUUGGUUAAUUGAUGGGACAAUCAGUACUGCCUUUAUUGUGCUGGUCUCUCAGUUCCAGGACAGUAGGAAGAGAGGCGCAGACAGGGAGCUAGCUGACUAGCAUCCCAAUGCACCCGCAGUGAUGCUAACACAAAAAUGCAGUCAAGAUCAGUUUUUUCCCCUAUUUGUAGAUAAAACAUGAGAUAUUCUAUUGACACGAUAGAACGAUAUUGACAGCCAAACUGGAAAUGGCCCUGGUGUUCAUCUUAGAACCCUUGAAUUUCCCCUGGGGAUCAAUAAAGUAUCUAUCUAUCUAGAAAUCUGGUCACUGUAAUAAGUUUUAAAACAUAGGCUACCCACCCAUGAUCCCUAGCCAAUGCACCCUCAGAUGUACAGAGGUGUGGCAAAAUAUGGACACGGACACACCGAAGCUGAAUUGAUUUGAAAGGGGAAACACGACUCUAUAGUGCGGAGAUUCAAGGAAAUGCAUCUAACUCUGUUACAUAGUAAACACAACAUUCACACACACACACACACAGACAGUGGAGAUGAGGGACUCGAUCCAAUAUGCAACUGCAUCAUCAGUGCUCAGGGGGAGAAGGGUGUCACCAUAGCAACAUCGUGACCCCAUCUCGAUCUUUCUGCAGUCUGGUUGGUUGUACAGAAUUACUUAAUGGAAAAAAUAAAUGAGCACAUGUUCAGCCAUGUGCUGUAAUCAUUUGGAAGAAAGAGAAAAAAAAAUCAUCCUGGACUUUACUUCUUCUUUUGUUUUGUUGCUGUUUCUGGUUGCUUUUCCAGGUUGAACAUGUUUUUCUUUCUCUCUUUCCUCUGUACUCUCCCUGGGUCAAAGCACCACAGACUAUGCCGGGACAACUCUCACACAACAUUGUGCUUUUGUUUAGUUUAGUUUUGUUUCAUUUUCUUUAUGUUUCUCAACUCUUCCCGACACUCAGCGAGGAAGUGAUCCUUGGUACUGCAUACGUCCCUGUAUGCAUGUGUGUAAAUAUGCCUAUGCAUCUUGUCAAAUACAUGUAUGAAUAUAUACUUGUUAUCUCAUGCUUUUCUCAAUGGUGUAGUUCCUCGGUGGUGAAGCCGGCUCGCCUGCAAAGGUGGACGUGUUGAGUGGAUGGGUGGGGGUGUGAGGACAGGAGGGAGGGCUCCAGUGUUGUAGGUUGUGAACAAACCCCCUCAGGGCCAGUUUGGCAAUGGGUGUGUUUCUAGACCACAAACAACGCUGUUACAUCGAUGUUUUAAAACUAAAACAGUGCUGUACUGAAUGUUUCAUGUUUCCAGUGAAAUGUUUUUUUGUUUGUUUGUUUUUGUUUUUGUUUUGCUCCAGACUACGCCUACGCACGUAGCAGAAAACAUCAGUGGAUAAUUUAAAAACAAGCAAGUUUGUGUAUAAAACAUCUUAUACAAUAUAUAAAGAUAACACAAAAUGUUCCCGGUGAACUUAUACUGUAGUUCCUUCGUGCAGCCAAUGAAAUGUAGCAGGGACACUCUGCCUAUCCGGUUGUUAAAUCCGACGUCACGGGUCCAACAGCUUUUUGAUCAAAAAAUUUUUACUAGCACAACCAGCUGGUUUUCGCAACUUGUAAACCGUAUCAACAUCAUCUCUAUUUUAGUAAGAGUAAAACAAAAUCCCUUAACUUUAACAGAAUAAUUACUGUAGCUGUGCAGCCAGAUGAUACAAUGAAGGGUAACGUCCAGGCUUCCGCGAUAAAUAGGAUUUUAUUAGGUCGAGACAAUAAGUGAGUAUUAGGAUCACAAUUGUCUUAAAGGCUACUCUGAAUAGCGGAACAAAAUGUGUAUUUGACUGUUUAUGGAGAAAACCUAGCGGCUCUGAAAGCCAUUGGACCCGGAAAGAGUUUUAUUGUCUCAUUAUUGCAUCAUCACUUAAUAACCGAAUAGUAACUGACAAGAACUCACAGAAACAGGAAAUGGGUUGUCCAGCAUGGCUUGUUGUGACAACGUCACCUAGCAACGCCUGAAUGCAGCAUGAGUACCCACUGGAUAGUAACCGACUCCGACUGUUUUAGAGUUAAAUGUCAUCUGAGGAUGCCCUUUUAUCUCACUUUUGUCACACACACACACACACUCAUACGUACUUUUACACAUACGUGGAUAUUGUGGGAUCACACAGACGGUCCCUCACAAUUUCAUUACUUGAGUUUUCUCCAGUUUGGCGAGACGCAGCUUUUUGCACUGUUUGUUGCUUUUUCAUGGAGUAUAUCUGAUAGCCAGACGAAAGUGAAGAAUUUCAGGAGACAGAAGUGUAAUAUUCCCGUCCAGCCCUGUCCCGCCAGGUUCCUUCUGGACCCCAACCCCCAACCAUGACCUGAGGUACCUGGGCAGAGCAUUGCCCAGAGAAGAGACAAAAUAGAGCAGGGAAAUAAUGUGUGUUUGCAGGGAAGGGGAGAGCACACAGUCACCCCUGCUCGGCCUUGAGUCCUAGUCUGUGGUGACAAACCUGCGUCCUGACCACACCUUCAAAGGGCCAGACUCAUGGUUAGCCAGAGCAGCCAUACUCUGACACUAGACUGACACAGCAUUUAAUGUAGGUGGACAGUGGUGGGCUUUGUUGUGUCGACUUCAAGUGUAAAAGGGUCCUUACCAGGGCGGUGCCAACCACAGCACCUGAACCAGUGCCAAUUAACCAUACCCGCAAGAGCGAAAGCUACUCCUCUCUCUGAGUCAGAUAACCCUCUUGUGAGGGCGAGUUUUCCUUCCCCCAGAUAUCCAAAGAAACCUUUCAGUUGUCUCCCACAGAAAGGGGGGUGGGGGGUGGGCACAUAGACACCUCCCAGGGCAGCUGCAUCAGGAUCAGUUUUGUUUGUUCAGAUUUGGCCUGGACCUUGGACUGAUCCGUCUUGGGGUCCAUUUCUCUUAGCUAGCUAGCUAGCGUGGUGACAGUAGAGUCGUUCAUCUUUCAGUCUGGUGCUAACUCCACAUAGGCCUCUUGCACACUGUCCAGCACCACUGAUGACUUCGGAGUACCACUACUCUCCCCAAGAGCAGAUGACACUUGACACCUGACACUUGACCUUUUGUCCUUGAUCCUUGACAUCUCAACCCCAUCCUCUCCCCCCCCACAGUAGUAUGGCUUCUGUGUUUGAUGUUAGUGGGUAUUUUUCCUGUGUACUCUGUUUUCAAUUGUAAUCUAGUUUGUAUAAGACAUGUUGCGCAUGUAAAUAAAGCGUGGUGAAGUUCA